AUGGACCCAGAAAAUCAAUCCGAAUGGACCAAGCCAGCUUGUGAACGGCACAUACCCUUUUGGCGCCAAGUGAUAGACCAAGGAGCAAUUACUCAGGAUGUUCUGCAUCAUAAUUAUCCUGGGUCGGGGACGGAAACAGAACCCUUCCUAGUCUCCUGGCUGCCAGAUGACCCCAGAAACCCUAUGCUCUUCACAACAUUCAAGAAGGUCGGCAUCACAGUCGUCGUCUCCACAGCAACAUUGGCCGUUGCCCUCGCUUCCUCAGCAUAUUCUGGAUCUACCAAACAAGUGAUGGAGGGCUUGGACGUCGGCACGGAGGUUGCAACGCUGGGACUAUCGCUUUUUGUUAUCGGCUUUGCACUCGGACCAUUGUUCUGGGCCCCGCUAAGCGAGUUCAUUGGUCGCCAAUAUCCCUUCAUUGUCUCAUUUGGCGCGAUGACAGUCUUUUUGGCUGGAUGUGCCGGCGCACAGAAUAUACAGACCUUGUUGGUUCUGCGUUUUCUAGCAGGCACAGCGGGAUCAUCUCCACUGACAAAUGCCGGGGGUGUGAUCAGCGAUAUGUUUCGAGCUGAGCAACGGGGACUUGCUCUAUGCCUCUUUGCAGCAGCACCCUUCAUGGGGCCUGUUAUUGGACCGGUCAUUGGUGGAUUUCUGGGAAUGAAUGCUGGAUGGAAAUGGGUGGAAGGCUUCCUGGCUGCGCUUUCAGGAGUUUUGUGGCUUAUGAUGGCAUGCUUCGUCCCUGAAACGUACGCGCCAGUUCUUCUCCGCCAAAGAGCAAAGCGUCUUUCACAGAAAACUGGCAUGGUUUAUCGCUCAAAGCUAGAUGUCGAGAAUGAAGGUUCCGUUUCUUUGAAACGGAUGUUCGCCACCUCUUUAUUGAGACCUUGGGUUCUGCUAUUUCGGGAGCCUAUUGUAUUUAUGUUAUCUAUAUACAUCGCUAUCAUUUAUGGUGCACUCUUCAUGAUGUUCGCCGCGUUUCCGAUUGUGUACCAACGUGGCCGGGGCUGGAACCAAGGCGUGGGAGGACUCGCCUUCAUGGGCAUUGCUGUGGGUAUGAUUGUCGGAACAAUCUACACAAUUCCAGACAACAGACGCUACACGCGAACGGUCAAAAGACAUGGAGGGUUCGCGCCUCCAGAGUCACGCCUGCCACCGGUGAUGCUCUCUGCAGUGUGUAUUCCUGUCGGUCUCUUUUGGUUCGCAUGGACCAACUCCCCGUCCGUUCAUUGGAUGGCCAGUAUAGCAGCCGGCGUUCCUUUCGGCUGUGGGAUCGUUCUUCUAUACCUAGGCAUCAUGGGCUACCUUAUCGAUUCUUAUACAAUUUUCGCGGCGUCUGUCUUGGCGGCUAAUGCGGUUCUGCGAUCUCUGUUUGGAGGGAUUUUCCCGCUCUUCACGGCGUACAUGUAUGAAGGACUGGGGAUUCAUUGGGCCUCCUCAAUCCCCGCCUUUCUUACGGUCGCAUGUAUGCCUUUUCCAUUUAUUUUCUACCGAUACGGGGAAGCGAUUCGCAAGCGAUGUCCGUAUUCUGCCCAGUCAGAAGUGUACGUGCGAAAGUUACAGGUGGCAGCGCAGCAGAGCGAAAAUGUCUCCGUCGCAGACGCAGACACCGACGCCGUCCACGCCGCCAUCGACGGCCGAGUCUGGUUCUUCCCGGAGUCCGACGUCGCGAACGGAUGGGAUACGCCUGCUGGUAACGGCAGUGAACUAUGGUACCAGAUCAGCUUCGAGUCUUCAACCAAGACUGCGAGCGCGGAGAUUGCCUUUUUCGCUAAUAGCACGCAAGGCUUUGAUGCUCCUGAGAAAUAUAGUAUUCAGGUCAACGUAUCCGGCGAGUGGGCAGAAGUGUCAAACGCGAAUUAUAGUUCCCCGGUUGCGAACGGAAUUACCCGGGCCACUUGGGAUGGCGUCGACGCGGAUAAGAUCCGACUUGUUUUCGCGCCGCAAGAGGAGAAAAAGGUUCGGCUGGUGGAGUUCAAGGUUUUCGGGGAGGUUGUGGCUGAGAAUUGA